CGCGUGGACAACUUUAUAGUUUUGUUGUGUAAAAAAGAAAAAAAAACCAGAGCGGAAAAUGGCAGUGACAUUUCUUUUCAAACAGUUCGAAUCCAUGUUCUGUGUACUCGUGUCGUCAAAAAUUUAAUAUGCAAUAUGGCAGUGGUAAUUGUCUGUGAAUAUGGCGUUCAUGUUUUGGAGUAAUUAUAAUACGCAGGUAAAUGCCCUGCCACUUGCUGCAGAUCCCUCAAGCAAAUAAAGGGACGAGAAAAUGAAUUCAGAAAUCGCUCGACUCAAUAAUGUACAAUGAGCUACAGCAGGAAUAUACCAGACUGGCAGCAGUACAAUGCCUUACAGUCUGGAGGAUCGGAAGCUGCAAAAUCUGGGCAGAACAUUAGUUCUUCUCAUCUCUAUAUCCCAAACAUCAGUCCCUCGUCCAUGAAUGGUCUCAAUCUCAGCUCUGAUUGUCUAAGUAAGUCACAGAAUGAUGUUAUUAAUUAUAGUCAAAGAAAUUAUCAGCCGCCAAAUAAUACUCCGAGUGGGCCGAAUAGUUUGGUCGAGCCACCAUUGACCUCAUUAGUUCAUAUGUCAAGUUGUGUAGGUCAUUAUGGAGCUUCGUCCUCCAUGAAUUCCAUGAUGGACGACUCAAGCAAUAUGGAUUUAAGAAAUGGAUCAGUGGCCAGUCUCAAUGAAGAAAUAGCGCAUAGAAAUCAGAUCUCAUUAAAUGGACCCGUGCCUCGUGGUGUUGUAGGACCAAAUAUGAAUGUAGCUAAUAAUAUGGGAACCGCAGGAACACGUAUUCCGCCCACAAAUACUGUGCCUUCGAGUAGACAAGGACCACCCUAUAUGUCCUCUUGUAAAGGUCCUUGUUGUGUCUCGGAUACAAAUGUAAAUUAUCAAAACUGGGAGAAAUUUCCCUCCUAUCAAUCUAAUAAUCCCUAUAGAGAAAAUAUUCGCGCGUCAGGAUACGCCAAUGAAUCGAGACGAUAUAGAAAUGAUAUUGCCUACAGGAAGGAUAGUUACACUAGUAAGGAUUUAAUCCCACCAAAUACUUAUCAUCUUGACCAAAGAAGAAAUUUCACCGACUAUAAAUAUUGUAAAGAUCCUCCCGUACCUAGAAAUUAUCAAACCUCAACUGUCUUACCGAAUUAUCCAAUUCAAAAUUAUAGUGUACCUAGUGAAUAUCAAAAAUAUCCCUAUCCUAUGAAAGAUUAUCAAAAGCAAGUUGCUAUGAACUCUCAAAACACUGGUAUUCUUAAAUAUUCCGAACAUAAUGUUACCACAAUGCAAGAGAAAUAUUCCCCUAAACAGGGACAAUAUCAAAGCGGUGCUUUAUUACAAAAAGGUUUAUGUGUUCCCAGUAUCAGCUCAAAUAUAUCAUCCGUGCAAAAUCCCUAUCUAAAUCCUCAAUUUUCUCGCGACUAUCAAUGGGAAAAUCACGAGAAGGAUUCAAAUAAAAUUCAAAAUCCCGUACCAAUGCACAGCACAUAUCCCAAAUAUCAAAUGUAUCAACAAAAAUACGCGAUGCAAAGGUUCUCCAUGGAAAAUCAUCUUCGAGAAUUAUCAAGAAUCCCCGGCUAUCAAUCUCAUCCAAAAUAUCAGGAAUGCAUUCUUAGGUAUCGAGAAUUAUUAAGGCUACAGCAAACAGUCGAUUAUCAAAGUGCAUUUCAAAAUUCUUUAAAUUCAUCAAACAGUUCUGUACCGCCAAUUAAUUUACAAUUCGAUCAAAAUGGAGUUCUAAUCAAUUCCAAUUAUUUACCUGGUAAUUUUCCCACACCACACAAUCCAACAAAUUCUACUCCAAAUUCAUUGAAUCCCGAAAAAGAGCAUUCUCCCUCAGAGGAUUUACAACAAUUACAAAAUUUACCACCGCGUUCUGUACAAUCAACAAUUCAAAAUCAAGAAACUAUUCCCCGUGAUGUACAAUUUUUAAAUCAAAAAACAAUUGAAAAUCCACAUUGUCAUGUUAACGUUCAACGUGAGGAGGAGAAUUUCGAAACAUUAAAUUCAAGAAAAGAAAGUGAGAAAAAUUCAAAAAAUUUAAGCAACAAACCUGAUUUGGAUGUUCGACAAUUUCUCGCAAAUUGGGUUGAAGUCGAAGAAGAAGAUGGAGCGAAUGCAAAUUUACCCGAUGUUGUUCUCAGUAAUUCAACGCCAAUUGUUGUCGUCGAAUAUGGUAAUGUGGGUUUAGUAACUCACACUUCUGAAAAUACAGCUGAGCCUAAAACUGACAACGAAACAACAACUCUCAAAUCACAGGAAUAUUUUUCAAAAGAACAAACUGAUUCCAAUCUCCUUCAAGAUUCUUCGACAGAUUUAAAUCAAGGGAUAAUUUAUGCCAAUAAAUUGAAUAUAAAAUGUGUCGGCGAGGGAAUCGACGGGGUGCCAACAAUUCACAUUGUCGAGAAUCCAGAGGAGGAAUUUAUUUACACGGAGAAAACAACGACUUCAGCGGAAAUAGAAGGUCCCGGUGGCAGUUUACCUUCAUUAACUGAUACCAAAGAGUGUGAUUCAGAAACUAAAGAAACGUCUAUGAAUCUAAAUUACAAGAAAUUAACACAAAAGAAUUCCGAUUCUAAAUUACAAAUGACUCCAGAAGAUUUAUCAAUUUUACCACCUCUAGCGACAAAAAAUAAUUCCGAAACUGAAACAAAUCUAAAGAAACAAAAUGGUUUCAUGAAUGAAGAGAAUCAAAAUUCGGAUGAUAUUAGCUUACCUGAUUUAACAACUUCUGAAUGCACUCCAAUAUCAACGACUUUAAACACACCCACUCAUUCAGACAGUGAAGAAUGUUCCGAUCAAGGUGUUGAUCUCACAACAAGCACCAAUCCCAUUGAAUUAAUUCAAAACAGUCCAAUGAUCAGCUUUACUCAAUCUCCCGUUAAAAUGGAUCCCUAUGAACAUCUCAAAGGGGAAAAUAUUUCUCUGAAAACAUCACAAGAUGGUCUCGAUUUUGAUUUUCAAAGCAAUAACGAGUCCGUUAUCAAGAGUCAAAUAUUGGAACAUAAUAAAGAUGAGAAAAAAAUGAAAAAUGAUACAGUAACAUCAAAAGAGUUAAAUACUACAAAAUAUUGUCAAGAAAAAUCAAUGAGUAUAAUUACAGAGAAUCCAAUGAAUAAAGAUACAAAUAAAUUUUCAUCAAACAUGGAUGUUUUUUCAACUGAAGAACAAGACAAAUGGUGUUGGAAUUCAAUUUCUCUAAUACCCGGAGAAGAAAAUGAUAAAUCGAAAAUAUCAACACAAGAAGAAAAUGGUAUGACGAAAAUUUUAAAAGAUCCCACAGUUUUAAAUGAUUUUGAAUUGAAUGACGAAAAAAUAAAUAAAGUCGAUGAUAUGUGGUUAGAUUACAAUAUUUCCAAAGGUAUUGAUCUCAGUUCCGAUAUUAAAACAUCUAAUAAUGAAAAAUUAUAUAAUGAUCCACUAGAUCAUAAAAUACAAAAGAAAACAGACAUUGCUCAAGUUUCUGCAUCAGUGACAAAAAUUCUCAAGAAUAUCAAAGAUAGACAACAUUUUAUGCAAAAUUUAAUGCACGAGCCAAAUAAUAUCAAAAAAAAUCCAAAAGGAAUUAAUAUUAUUUCAGAGGAAAUAUUCAAAUCAACAUGGAAACAAAAUACACAAAAUAAAAAUUACCAUCCAAUUAGAAAAAUGUCCGAUAGUUUUGAGAGACAAGAAAUUUUUGAUUUUGAUGAAAAAUUAAAAUAUCCACAUCGUUCAAGAUCAAAAUCAUUGGAAACAAAUUCAAUUCGAAGUCGUUCAAAGUCUACGGAGAGUACAAUAAUUGAUGAUCAAGAGGAAAAUCGUCUAUUAAUGGAAUUUAAGAAUUUAAAAAGAAAACGAAGUAUUGAUCAUUUUCAAGAUGAAACAAAAUUACAGAAACUUACUCUAGAGCCGAGUAAAGAGAAUUCAACAAAUCCAACAACUGUCGAAGUAUUAAAUUCAAAGAAUGUAAAUGAUGAAAAGAAAUUAAAUCCAAAUGAAGGGAAAAGUUCUGAUUUGGAAAUUAAAUUUAGAAACAGUUGCGAUUCAAGUAAACCAUUUGAGGCAAUUAAAAUAGAAAUCAAUGUUUCACGAAGUGAUGGUAAAACGGAAAAUCAAGUUUCAUCAUCACAACCACAAAAGUGUAAUGAAACUGAUUACAAUGGAAAUCAGGAAGAGCCUUCUAGUUGUGGUUCAACAAUUUGUUCGGGAAAAAAUUUAACCUGUCAAUCAAGCUCGAAAGUUGAAACAAAAAUUCCAAAUCAAAAAUUACACGACAAUUUGGAGAAAAUGAAUUUUGAGAAAAUUGGAGAAAAAUCUAAAAUUCAAGGAAAUGAGAGAAAAGAGAGUGUCAUUGAAUAUUAUGAAAAAGGUCAUCAUCAUAAAAUAUCCCAACACGGUUAUUCAGCAUGUGAUACUUGUAAAUCUAUGAAUUUUCAUAAAAUCGAUAAAGAUUAUCUCUGUAAUCAUCUUGAUAAUCGUUCAACGAAAUCACAUGAAAAUAAUGAGUGCCUUAUGAAUUCAUUAGAACGUAGUAAUUCGACAAUUGAAUGUCUUUCGAGUAGACUAAAAUCAAUCAGUAAAUCAAAAUCAUUGGAAGAUGUUAAAAAGAAAUUGAAAUCACAAAAUGUUAAAAAUUCCCGAAAACACAAAUUUAAGGACGUUGGUAAUUUUUCGGGUUUUGAAAAUAAUAGAACUGAUAAAAUGGACAUUGAUGAUAAUUUAGAAAUAUUGGCGUGUACAUCGGAUUCUUCUGGAUUUAGAACUUCACAGAACAUUGAUUUAUUAAAGGAUGAUUUAAGUGAUAAAAGCGAUGAUGCAAAACAUUUUGUUAUUAAAAAUUCUCUACAUUGCGAUUCAAAUAGUUUUGAUGAUAAUCAUUUUCAAAUUUCUGAUGACAAUCAAGAAAAUUUAAAUUCCAAUUUAUUGGAUUCUGAAAAUUCUCUAAGUCCCAAGGGAUAUUUAAAUCCAUUAUUUAAUUCUUUGGAAGAUGUUGAGAAUUUAAAUGCAGUUCCAGUGUAUACGACAAAGGAUGGUAAAAUUACUUACAGUCCAAAUCCAAGAUUUACAUAUAGAACAUUGUUAAUGGAAGCUCGUGAAAAAGAAUGUCAAGAUGAAUCUUUUAAUUAUAGUUCUACAUCUCAAGAUAAAAGAUCAUCAAAGUCGAGUGAAAAACGUGCAUUCAAUAGCAAACAUCAAACUGAUGCAAAACCACCGAAAAAAUCAUUGGCUAAACGUUUUGCUACUCAAGAAUUAGAGAAAAGUUAUCAGCGUUAUUUAUCUCACAGGGACAAAAAGGCAAGCAUUUCUAAUAAUGAACCAAUGCUAAUAAAGACAAUAAAAAAUUACAGUGCUUUAAAUGAUAGUUCAUCUGGGAAUGAAGAAAUUGAUGAUAAAUUAAAUAGGAGUUCAAAUUCAGAUUUCGAUGAUAUUCAUUUGGAAAUUGAACGGGAAAUUACUACAAAUUGCUUAAAAGAACAAAUUAGUGAAGAGAAAGUAAACGUGUCGGAUGAAAUAUCGUCCGUAGCAGAAUCCAGUGAAGAGCAUCAAAUUGAGAGGAUAAACGUUCAAGUUUUCACGGAAAUACAGAGUCCAACUCCAAGAGAUAUAGAAGAUAAUCAAGUUGUUCCCGUUGCUGUGAAUGAUAAGAAUUCAUUAACUGAUUCUAAUAAUGUUGCAAAAAAUAAUUCUUCAACUCAUUCAAUCGUCGAAAAAAGUGUCCAGGAAAAUUUGAAUUCAGUGGAAAAUACUCUUGGAAUAUCUGAAGUUGAUCGAAUUCAACAUUGCAGUGUAGAUUUUAAUAUUCCUAAUUCAGAUUCAAAGUCUCAAGUCGAAAUAAAAUCAAAUCCUGUUAAAGAAAUCGAUGUUCCAGAUUCUUCUAUUAAUGCUAAAUUGAAAUUCAUCAACAAUACUUCAAUUCUUCACCUAUUCAAUAAUUCAUUCAUCACAAGACGAAGAUCUACAUCCGAUGUUCAGUUACAAUCAUCGAAAUUAAUUUCGGAAAGAAGAAAAAGUGUGCAUAUUUUUCCAAAUUUACCUCCUUCAAUUAAUUUAGAUUCUACAGAAAAUUUGUUGACACCGAACAUUCAGAUUUCCACCUCGGAUUUAAAAAAUUCUUCAGAAAAUAAAAUUCCCGAUUCUAUGCAAAAUAUUGAAAAUGUCAGAAAUGAUGAAAUGGAAAUUAUUGAAACCGAAAACAAUGUGAAAGAAGAUAAUUUCGAAAUUAAUAAUAUUGAAACAGAUAAUGUUAAAUCUAAUAAUGUUGAAACUGAAAAUUUCACAACUAUAAAUAAACAAAGUGAAAUCGAAAAAAUUGAAAGUAUUGUUAUUAAUAAUAUUGAAAGUAAAAAUUCAGAAACUGAAAAUGUUGAAAUUAAUAAAAACAUUGAAGAAAAUUUAGAAAUUGUGAAAAGCAAUCUUUUAGAAAAUACUUUCGAUGACAAUCAAAAGAAAAUAAUUGAAAAAGAUAUUCCAAUUAUUGAUAUUGAUGAAAAUGAAACUGAAUGUUUAAUCACAAAAGAGUCUCCAACAAAAAAAGAGAAUAAAAUAGAAAUUAUUGAAAUUGAUGAUGAUGACGACGUAUUUAUCAUUGAACCUAAAGUAGAAAUUGCCCAGUGUUCAGGAACACUUGAAAAUAUGGAUAAAGAACAAGAAAUUGAAAGUGAAAAGAAAGCGGAGGCAAAUUCUGAAGAAAUACAGUUACCAGACAAUCAAGUCAAAGAAGCAAAAACACAACCUGAUUUAAAGUUUGAGUCCAAUAUUAUCAAUGAUGUUGAAAUUCAAAAAAUCGAAUUUCCUUCUGAUCCUGAAAAAAUACAAUUACUAAAUGACCAAGUGAAAGAAGCAGAUAUAGAAACGGAUUUGAAACUCGAAUCUAAUAUUAUUAAUAAUGAUGAAAUUCAAGAAGUCGAUUUUCUUUCUAUUUCUGAAAAAGAAAUUAUUUCAAAUAUCGAACCACAAUCUUCCAAAACACAUGACGAUAAUCAAUCAUUUAAUCAAAUAAAUGAAAAAUAUUCAAAGAGUUUCGAUCUCGAAAGACUUGAAGAAUCUACAAAUCUAGCCGCGAGUGAAAACAAACUUUCAGAUUUUGAACGAGAAGUAGAAAUUCUUUCGGAAAUAAUUGCAAGACAAGAAAGUGAAAAUUAUCCCGAGAAUGAGGUACAUCAUUUCACAAACGAUGAUUACUUAAAUGAACUUGAAGAACCUAAAAAUGAAUUUCAAGAAGACAAUCAAGAACUUCGUCAGGAAAAUCAAGAAAAUAAUCAACAAAAUCACGAAAAUAAUAAAGAACAUGAUGAAAAUAAUCAACAAUAUCAAGAAUAUCAACAAAUAAAAGAAGUUAAUCAUGAAAAUCAAGAAACUAAACAACAAAAUGUAGAUUAUAAUCACCAAAAUCGCGAACAUCAACAAAUAAAAGAAAUUAAUCAUGAAAAUCAAGAAAAUAAAAAACAAAAUAAAGAAAGUAAUGAAGAAAAUAAUUUAGAAAAUCAAAAAUUAAGUGAUGAAAAUUAUGAAAGUAAUUAUAAAAAUGAAGAAAAUCUGAAUAAUAUUCCAGUGACUAAUAAAAAUUACGAAAAAGAAUUAAAAAAUUGUGAAAAAGAAUAUUUUCAAACACGAGGUCUUUCACCUUCAUUUGAAACAAACUCACCAACUGAAACGACAUUUAAUAACAAUUUUGAAAAUUUAACAAAUAUUUCGGAGAAAAUCUCAAAUGAAGAAUGCUCAAUAAAUGAAAAUAAAAUUGAAAGUAAUAAGUCAGAUUUUCAGAAUGACGAUUUACCAUUAAUAACCGAAAAAGAUAAUGAAAAGUUCGACUUCGAUUCAGUUUACAUUGACGAUGAGUCUUGUUUUGAAAUUGAUCCUCCAAUUCUUGAAAUCCAAAGGGAAUUAAACGAUUCUGAGAUGAUAAAUUUUUCAAAAAGUUCCGAUAGCAAUGAAUUUAAUAAAAUGCCCGAUGUAACUUUAGAAGAAGGUGAGAAACAAGAAUCUUGUGUGAAAAAUUCUGUUGUCGAAAAAAUGGUUCCCAAACUUGUAAUUCGAAAAAUAGAAAUAAAUCGAAGUACUUCGAUUGCUAAGAGUAAAUCAGCGGAAAGCAAUGUUGAGCCUUCGUUUCAUAGAAAAAUACCAAAGAUGAUAAUUCGAAAUGCAAAAUCACGACCAACUACGCCCACAAUUGAGGAGAUCCCGGAAGAGUUGCCAUUGUCACAGGAGGAGUCAAAUGUUAUCAAAGUCAAGAUAAGACUCGACGACAUAAAUAAAAAUAAUGAUUCUUACAUAUUUUCAAAUGAAGAGAAUCGCAUUCCAAAAAUGAAAAUAAAUUUGGAGGAUAAACUUCCAAAAGUCGUUAUCAAAAAUUUAGAUAUACGUAAUCCUCAAGAUAUUAAAAAAUUAGUACCAAAGGUCAAGAUAAAGAAACUUAAAAACUUACAUACAAUAAGUGACAAUACAAAUGAAUUUAAUUCAAUAAUAACUCACAAUUCUGAAAUAAAUGAUUCUUCAUCAAAAUUGACAGACGAUUCAUGUACAAAUUCGAAGCUUUUGGAAGUUACUAAAACUUCAGAAUCAAUUGUCGAAUCCAAUGACAAUAAACUAAAAAUUCGAAAAUUGAAAAUUAAAAAAGAUUUAAAAACUAAUUCAAUGUCAAGAAAAAGACACAAUUCUGAUGGUACAACAAUGGAAAAUAAUAAAAAGGUUAAAAGAUCAAUGAGAGAUGAAACAAAACAGGAUAAAAUUAUGGAAAACCCAUUAUCAUUAUCUGAUUGUCAAAAUAUGUCGGAGAAAAUUCCCAAAGUUAUCAUUAAACGAACUUCACCAACAGCUGAGUUCAAAUGCGAGGUCAGUAACGAUAAGAAAAAUACUUCCGUUCAUGAUUUAUGUCUUCAGCCACAAGUUGUAUUACAACGCUCUUGGAUCUUAGAUUGUAUGGCAAAAGAAUUAAAACAUGUAAAUAUAGCAUUAAAAUUGGCCAUUGCUAAAAAUGGAAGUAAAGCAUCAGUUCGGGGCAAAUCGAAUACAAGUAAAAUAAGAUGGGAACAAUUUAUUCGCAGUCUUAAAAAACAAAAAGAAUUAUCGAAAUCCGAAUCAAAUGGAAAUGUGAUUUCAAGUAAAGUAAAAAAGAGAAGAAAAUCAGAUAUGGAAAUACGUUAUUUUAACUCGGAUUCGAAAAAUUUGUACAAUAUUAAAGCUUGUAAAUCAGCUCGAGAAUCGACAAUAUCCGAUACCAAUUAUUUAAAUAAUCGAGCAUUAUAUUUCAAAAAUAUGUUUUCCGCUAAUAUCAUUAAAAAUAAUCAACAAUAUAAUUCAUUUGAAACUUGGAAGAAAUUUGACGAAAAUAUGAAUUCUGAAAGUAAAGAUCUUUUACAAAAUUCGGAUAAAUUCGAUUUUUCUCCAUUUCCCAAUAAUAUUGUCGAACAAGAUAACAAUCAAAGAGAAAUAAAAUUAAAUGAAGAUGGAGAAAUAAAGUGUCCAUUGUUGAAUGCAGAAGAAGUGGACAAUAAAGCAAAUUUAUCAUUAGACAUUGGUUCUAGUCCUAUGAAUAUUGAUGAAAUUCAAAUGAUGACUGGAAUAAAAAUCGAAGAGAAUCCAACGAUUUUCGAUUGUCCAGAAUUUUCCAAUUCAAUUAUGGCAAAUGGAGAACACGAGCAUUUAUAUUCCGAAGAUGCAAUUCCAACGCAAUUUGAAUUUGAACUUGAAAUUGUCGACAGCAGUGUAGAUACAUAUGAUGUACCAAUGUCUGAUUCGAAGGAAUUUCUCGAAUCAAUUGAUAGUGUAGAUUUAGAAAAUUCAAAUAAUAUCCUCGAAAAGGAAUCAACAAAUAAUUAUGAUCAACUUCCAAGGCUUCUUCUACCAGACGAAGAUACUUCUUGCGGCAAUAAUAAUGGUCGAGAUGAUUCCUGUGAUAUUAAGGAUGAAAUUCCUAUUCUAAAUGAUUUAAUGAAUUUGUCAGAUGUGACUAGUGAAAAUUUAGAACAACCAAGUGGAUCGUGUUCAAAUUCCAAAUUUUCCGAUUCACUGUCACUCGUCCAAGAAGUCAUGGCUGCAAAGGAGAUAUUAAAAAAGUAUUUACCAAAUUGUCGAACUGAGAGUACCUCAAUUAAAUCACGGCCAAAAACUCUCGCUGAAAAGAAACAGGGUACUGGCUUUUCUCUUGUUGAGCCAGGAGAUAAUAAUUUAACUUCUACUAGAACUUCGGAACAUCGCAGCUCAAGAAAUCAUACAAAGUAUGAUAAAAAGCGAUCGAAAGAAAGUAGCAGUUCAAGGGAGAAAUAUAAAACAGCUUUAAAGUUAGAAGAAGAUACUUGCAAUUAUGAUCAUCAUAAUACAAUAUCAUUGAGGGAUCAGAAACGAUCUAGUCUUCAUCAUUUGAAUAAAACUCAAGAAUCGAGUAAAAAUAAGGAUUCCGAUAGUCGAUCCAAGUCCUCGGAUUUAUGUUCGAAACGCUCAAGAAGCAAAUCGAAUUCACAAAGUCAAAAAUCAAGAGAAUCAUCAAGGGACUCAUGGAAAGGACCAAGAGAAUCUUCAAAAGAUACAAGAGAUGGUGAUGUAAAUAAAAUGAAGUCAUAUAAAAUUCCAAAGAUCUCUAAGUCUAAAGAAAAUAAUGGUGAUAAUGCAACCGAGGUAAAAGCAAAGGAGGAGAUGCCAAUUCUUGAACCAGAAGGUGAAGUCAAUGUGGAUCCAAGUUUAGCUCGAGAUACAUCACGUUCACCACCUGUAAUAACAAACCAAAAUGACGUGGAAAUUUUAGAGAGUGAAUCAAAGAUUUUCAACGUUGAUGUGAAAAAAGAAGAUAAUGUAUCAUGGAACAUGAAGACUUCACAGGUGGAUUUGGGAGGCACUCUCGCUGAUGCUGUUCAAAAUUGGGUCUUUCAUGAAAAGGCGACAAUAAAACACAGAAGAUACUGUGUGCUUUGUGAAAGAUGGUUCCCAUCGGUGAUUAGACAUAGAAGACAUUUAUCAGGUUAUCAACAUCGUCACACUGAACUUACACAAAGGAGGACAAUUCACACUCUUUUUAUGCUCUUCACCGGGAAACCAUGUCCAAGACUGUUGCCUGCUGAUGUUUUAAGAUCAGAUUGCUCACUAGGAGAAGCUACUCCAUUACAAAUUGCUGUCCAGAAUGUUGCAUUAGGUUAUGGAAACGCUCAUGAAAAAGCAGAGAAUAAAGAUAAGGAGAGUAAGAAAUGAUGAAUCAGACGUAUUAGAACCUCGUCACAUUUUUCUUCAAACGAGGUAGGAUUGUAAAAAAAAAAAAAAAUCUAAAAAACAUUUUGCACAUCAAUUGUACUGGAUGCAACUGGCAAGUAGAUGAUUAUUUGUUACCGUUUAAUUAUAAGUCACUUUCUAGAUUUUUAGCCAAAGACAUCAAAAGAAGGUACAUAGUAGAUAGUUUAUUCUGUAUUACAAAAUAUACAGAAAUUUCAUGAAUUUGUCAAAAAAAAGCAAAAACAGAAAAAAAAACAAAAAAAUGAUGUUAAGAAAUGGUUUAAUGCCUCAGUAAGAAUCUUUAUUCACAACAUAAAAUAAUCUUAUAAUAUUAUGUACAUAGUAUAUAUUCAUAUAAAUAUAUUAAUAUAUUAUACAUAUAUAAAUUUAUAAAAUAUAAAUAUAUUUAUUAUAUUCCAAUGUUCGAGUUGUGAUAGUCACAAUAUAUAUGAGUAUAUAUAUGAGUAUACGAGAGAAUAUAUUACGCUCGAAAAAAAUGUAAGCCUAAUUUAAAAAAAAAUGUACAACAUAUCUGUUCCGCGCGUUAAAAGACGAAAAUUAUUGGAGAAAAUGGAAAUUUAUUCACCAAUGCAUUUCUAUGAUAGAUAUAUGUGUCUUUUGAAAUUUUGCCAAAGAAUUUAACUUUCUGUUUGUUAUAUAUAAAAUAUAUAUGGUAUUUUCUUCUAGAAUUAAAAAAAAUGAAUCGCAAUUCUCAUUGGUGUUACGUUUUCUAAAUAAUAAUAAUUAGUGUGCAUUGAUGAAAAUGUCGUACAUGCUUUUGGCUGUUAAAGAAAUAUACAUUCUUGUCGGUUACUAAUAAAUUUAUAUAUAUAUAUAUAUAUAUAUACUGUAAUUAAACAAAUUACAGUUGUGCUAACUAUGAAAAAAAAUUAACAAUCUAUAUAAACUUAAUGUUAAUAAAUAACUAACAAAAUAACAAUGAAAAAAAAUCGUUCCUAUGAUUCUUGUGAUAUUUGCGUGUGCGUGCAAUGAUAAUUUUCCAUUUUCUCUAAUUUAUAUAUUUAAAUGACCAAUGAAAGUGAAUGUAAUAAUAAUUGCUUCCGACUGUCCGAGCACAGAUUGAGAUCAAAAUGUAUCUUAAACUUGCUAGUUCCUUCUUUUAGUCACAACUUUUCAUGGAUAAUGUGUAAUAAUAAUAAUAAUAAUCAUACAGGGUUUUCGUCAGAUACGACUAUUAUUAUAGUUUCAUAAUUUAAAUUUUAAGAAAUUUAAAAAACAGAAAAAUAUGAAAAACAUUAAAAACUUUAGUAAUUAUGUUGUAUAGAAUAGUAUAUUAUGUGGCAAGCACGUAAAGUAGUACUUUUUAGGUGAGGAUGUAAUUUUCAGUACGAGCUGUCGUUAGUGCGACGUAGGUGAGACGAAGGCGAGCUGUAGGUGAGAUGAAGACGAGCCGAAGGCGAGUCGAGUCGAGCCGAAAGCGAGCCGAGUCGAACCGAAGUCGCACAGACAGCGAGUAUUGAAAUCAUCCGAACCUAAAAAUUACUACGUGCGAGCCACAUACGCUAUUUUUUUCGCCAUUGUUAUGAAAAAGUGAAACAAUUUUAAAGAAAAAAAAUAAUAAAAAUUGAUAAAUAAAAUAAAAGCAAAAAAAAAAAUUAUGCAAAAAUUAACAACUGCCUAAAAAAGACUUUAUAGGGCAGUUUACUGCCUAAAAAAGACUUUAUACGGCAGUUUGCUGCCUAAAAAAGUCUUUUUUAGGCAGUUGGCCCAAACUGCCUUAAAAAGUGCUACUUUAUCUGCCCAAAACAGGCACAAAAAAGACACUUUUUCAUGUCAAUGGCGAAAAAAUAAUAAUUUAUGUCACUCACUGAGCAAAAUAUUUUUGUUGAUUAAUUUUUUUGUCAAUAAAUUUUUAUUGUUGUGUUUUAAUUGAAAAUUUAAAAAAAUAGUAUUUAUAAGAAAAAAAAGUUUUAAUUUAUUAACAAAAUAAAAUAUUAUGUUCAGUGUUAAAGAAUUUUAUCCAUUUUUCGUCUCAUCUAUUUAUUUUUCGAUAAAUAGAUUGUAUUAUCAACAAAGUGCAAUAGUUUUAUUUCCAAAGUUCGCUAUAAAUAUUGUUGUGUUAUUUAUUCAUUUAUAUUAUUAUUCAAUAUAUAUAAAAUUUGUCCACCAGGUGAAAGCCAGGGUGUUCGAUUAUACUAUAGACUCGCACGAGUGCCUUAAAAUACACCCACCAGUAUUCGUCAAAAAAAGCGCAUCUUGGAUUGAAUUAAAAAAAAAAUCAAUUCUCUUAUGAUAAAAUAUUAUACAAUUGUAAUAAAUUAUUUUUACAUAUUUUUCCGCGUAUAUAAAAAAAGUCUAUAAUAUAUUAUUUUAUUUUAUAGAUUAAACAAUAUAAUAUUAUAUUAUUAAUAUUUUUUUUUUUUUAAAUUUUAUAAAAAUUUUUUUUAUUGUUAAUUUGUUAACAUUGUUUGAGAUUUGAUCUCUACAUUUGAUAUUAUAAAAUUGAUAUUUUUUUUUAAAGAUAAAUUUAGGUAUAUUAUAAUAAAUUAUUUUUUUUUCGAGAAUGAUUUUCGAAACUAGUUUUCAUAUUAGAGGAAAAGUAUAAAAACUUAUUUAUAAACACAAAGGUAAUAAUAAUAAAAAUACUUGUGUAAUAUUUUUUAUGAGGGUGAUUGCGCUCAUUAAAAAAUUGAAAAAAAUUAUUGUAUAUAUAUACAAAAAAAAAAUUUAAAAAAAAAACAAAAAAAUUCAGUCCAAGUUGUUAAUUGUAUAUUACACAUCUUAUAUAAUAUACAAUUUCUUUUUUUUUUUGUAAGAAAUAAGAAUUUAUUGUCUACGCAUGUGUCAAGUGCUUGCUUGCGAGCAUUAAUAGCAUUAUAUUUAUAUAUUAUAUAUAUUAUACAUAUAUGUAUAUGUUACCAUAUGUGUACAGUUUGCAAUUGAAUAUCACUAAAGUGGAUUUAUGUAAGUUAUACAUAUUGUGAUGUUAAUAUAACUAUUUGUUGAAAACUUUGGUCCAUUUUGCGGACAAGCCGAAUAUAUAUAUAAUAUAUAUUUUGAAUCACAUAUGGAUGUACUCUAAAGAAUAUAUACCUAUAUAAAUUUAUUGUUGUGUAAAAGUUUUAUAGAUUUACUCGCAUAAUUUUGACGCAUAUGAUAUUUAUAAUAUUAUAAAUAUAUAGGUUUAUAUAAAUUACGUUGUGUGUUCUAUGUGCCUAAUACUUAGAAUGUAAUCAUUCAAAGUUUAUAUGCAUAUAUAAAUUUAAAAAAAUAAUAUAUACAUCACAUAUAGAGACAUUAGAAGUGCGCCUGAAAAUAUUGAUGAUGAUGAUGAUAAUAAUAAUAAUUGUUUUAUUGCAAUUUUACAUUUCUAAGGCAUAAUUUUAAUUAUCGAUGAUAAAAUCACUGUAAGUUUUGACAGACUUUAAAACAGAUCAUCAUAAUUGUAAUAAUUGAUCUUGACUUCCAAUUUAGGAUAUAAUAUUUAUAGGAAUUAAAUAUUAGUCGCAACGUAUAACGAAAUUGUAAAUAUAAAUGAAAUUUGUGUUUGGUGAAUAAGUUUGAAAUUUAAACUUGAAAGAAUUUAAGUUUAGCUUUUAAGUAAAGUUUAAAUUUGGAGUUUUCACGUCAAGCACCUUCGACUGGUUUACUACAUAUUAUACUAUACAUACAUAUGUAUAUAUAUAUUAUAUUACAAACAAGGAUUUACUUUUGUGCCUUCCAAAAUCUCACACUUGUUACUUAAGUUAGUUGAUCGAUUCAGAAUUUUUGCAAAGUAUAAUUAUUGUUUUUUAAAUUGUCAAAGUUUUAUCUCUUUUUCAUAAAGCUCUAUAGAGGCGAUAUUAUAAAUUGGAUUGCAUUUAAUUAUGAAUCAAUGUCAACAUUUUGUGAUCCAUUGUUUAUUAAUCUUAUUAUUAUUAUUAUUGUAAAUGAAAAUAAUUUGUAAAGUGACUAAAUUAUUUAAGAUUGAUGUUUUAAAUUUAACUAUUAAUUUGUCAAAGAAUUUAAAAGGAUUGACGUAAAAUGUGACAGUAAUAAUUUGUUGAAAUUUUUUUUUUUUUUAUUAAUUAUUGUUUGUAGAAAUACUUUAUAAUUUAAUGAUAUUCAAUUUUAUUUGAUAUAAAUAUAGAGAUAUAUCAUUCAUAGAUUUAUACAUACAAAUAUGUAUUUAAAGAAUGAAAAUUGAUCACCGGUUGUUAAGUUUUUUUGUUAGAAGUAGAAAAUUGUAUACCAAAUAGAAAAAGAGUUUAUCUUGAAAGAUGGAAAAUAACUUUUAUAAAUUUUACUAAGGAUUUUAUUCGAUUUGUUUAUUAUUUAAAAUAUGAACAUUUCUUGAAUUAUAAAUUUUAUUUAAAUUUUAAUUACAAGUGAUAUUGUCAUUAAUAUUUGACAUAUUAUUAUAUGUUGCACAUUUUAUACAAUUUAUUUUAAUAAUUGUAAAAGAGUUUUAAAAAAAAGAAAUUGUUUUACAACAGUUUUCAUUAUAAUUCAGCCUUAAUUUUAUACAAGCAUCUAGUUUUAAGAUAAAAAAUUUCUUUUUUUUUUUACCAGAAAGAAAAAAAAUAUUGUCUUUUAGAUUUGCACUUUUAAAAAGAAGAUUUUAUUUUCUCUUUAGAUUUUUUGAGUUAUAAAUAUAUACAUAAUUGCAUCAUAAAUAAAUUGAAAUGUAUUUUAAAAAAUGAUGAUUAUAGAAAUACCGUCGCAAAGUUUUUUAAAAAAAUUUUUCAAGACAAAUUGUAAUUUAUUAUAAAAUAGAAUUCUUUGUACAUAUACAUUCCAAUUAGUUUUCACACACCUCUCACAUGUCGAUACAACCAGUCCCAUAUGAAAAAUUUUAAUGUUUUAAUCUAUUACUUAAGUUAGAUUGUAUAUUGAACGAUUUGAUUUGUAGAUUAGUUUCCAAAAUGAUGUUUUUUGUGUAAACAUUCGUAUUAGUCACUUUUUUGUAUCGUUUAAUUAAACGAAAUUGCAAAUCAAAACAUUGUUUGCGUGUUUUAAACAAAGACUUGGGUUUGUGAACGAUAGUCGCACUGUGAAAAAAUAAAAACUAUUGUAAAAAUUUCA